GGGAGGAGUGGAUAGUGAGGGGUCCCGCACGCCUGGAGCAAGAGGGUCUGUGUCAGGAGCGGCGGGGGCUGCAGGAGACGAGAGAGACGGAUGCCUGGCCACCAUGGGAUGCAGGUCAACUACAGAGUCACAGGCUCAUUGAAGACCAAGGUAUAAACACUGGCUCCAGACUUUCUGGUUGGUAGAGGCUGGCACUGCCUUCCACACAAUGGCAGAAGUGGUGGCUGAGGUGGCUGAGGUGGCUGAGAUGCCAACACAGAUGUCACCAGGGGCAAUGGAGAUGUCAACACCGAUGUUAGGGGAGAAGACAGAGAUGUCAACAGAGGUGACCGAGAUGACACCUGGAGAGGCCCUUGCCUCAUCCCUCUUCUUCCAGUUCAUGUGCUCUGAGUGUGGCAGCCUCUACAACACACUGGAGGAAGUCCUCUCACACCAGGAGCAGCACGUGCCCACUGUCACAGAGGAGGAGGAGGCGCUGACCACCCAGGACACUGGCCUGGAGCCAGAGCUAGUGCCAGGCACUGAGGAUGGGCCUUUCCAGUGCGGUGAGUGCAGCCAGCUCAUCCUCUCCCCCAGUGAACUCCUGGCCCACCAGGACGCCCACCUCCGGGAGUCUGCAAGCCAGAUCCAGUACCAGUGUGGAGACUGCCAGGAGCUGUUCCCCUCACCUGAGCUGUGGGUGGCUCAUCGCAAGGCCCAGCACCUUUCUGCUACAGCAGUUAAACCUCCAGUGCCACCUCCUCUGCCUCCCCUGACACCACCACCUCCACCCCCUGCUCCACCCGAAAUCAAGAUGGAGCCCUAUGAGUGUCCCGAGUGCUCUACCCUCUGUACCACCCCUGAGGAGUUCUUGGAGCAUCAAGGCACCCACUUUGACUCCCUAGAGAAAGAAGAGCGCAACGGGCUAGAGGAGGAGGAGGAGGAAGAUGAGGAUGAAGAAGAUGAGGAUGAAGAGACAGAAGAUGAGGAAGAGGCAGCAGCAGAGGUUGGUGAUGAUGCUGUGGGAAGUGAGAAGUCCACAGCCAGCCAGGUCCAGGCUUGUGGGGAUUGUCCACAACACUGGACUUCACCAGCAGCACGCAGGCGACACCAGCGGGCAUCCCCUGGCCCAGCAUCGGUGGCUCACCCCUUCCACUGCAGCCAGUGCCAGCGCAGCUUCAGCUCAGCAAACCGGCUGCUGGCUCACGGGCGGGCCCAUGUCGGUGGCACACAUGAAUGUACAGCCUGUUCCAAGGUCUUCAAGAAAGCAGCCUCACUGGAGCAGCACCUGCGGCUGCACCGCGGCGAAGCCCGCUACCUCUGUGUUGACUGUGGCCGUGGCUUCGGCACAGAACUCACAUUGGUGGCCCACCGGCGGGCCCACACCGCCAACCCAUUGCAUCGCUGCCGCUGUGGCAAAACUUUCAGCAACAUGACCAAGUUCCUUUAUCACCGGCGUACUCAUGCUGGCAAGAGUGGGGCACCCCCCACAGCGGUGGUGGCAGCCUCCCCGGCUCCAGCAGAGCCCACGCCCCCACCACCGCCCCCAACCCCACCUGCCCAGCUGCCCUGCCCACAGUGCUCCAAGUCAUUUGCCUCAGCCUCCCGGCUCUCCCGUCACCGGCGCGCAGUCCACGGGCCUCCUGAGCGGCGGCACCGCUGUGGUGUUUGCGGCAAGGGCUUCAAGAAGCUAGUCCACGUGCGUAACCACCUGCGGACGCACACAGGCGAGAGGCCCUUCCAGUGUCACUCCUGUGGCAAGACUUUUGCUUCUCUGGCCAACCUCAGCCGGCACCAACUGACCCACACGGGCGUGCGUCCUUACCAAUGCCUGGACUGCGGCAAGCGCUUUACACAAAGCUCUAACCUGCAGCAGCACCGGAGGCUGCACCUGCGGCCAGUCGCGUUUGCCCGUGCACCCCGCCUCCCCAUCACCGGUCUCUACAACAAGAGCCCCUACUACUGCGGGACCUGCGGCCGCUGGUUCCGUGCCAUGGCGGGCCUGCGACUGCAUCAGCGGGUCCAUGCCCAAGCACGGACAGUGAUGCUGCAGCCUCCCAGAUCACCUCCUCCCGCCCAGCCCCCGCCCCCCGAGCCUCAGCAGACGAUCAUGUGCACAGAGCUCGGAGAGACCAUUGCCAUCAUUGAGACGUCCCAGCCACUGGCACUUGUGGACACAUUGCAGCUGUGCCAGGCGGCACUGGGGGCCAGUGAAGCAAGCGGACUGUUGCAAUUGGACACGGCCUUCGUGUGACAGAGCUGAAGAGCAACAGUAAAAGAGUUUGGUUGCAAAAGCAAGUGUGGGCACUCCUGGGGAGAAAGGGGACCACCCUCUGGCAAGCCCCUCUGGUGCCCAUCAGGUGCCAGCAUCCGCCCUGGCCUCUUACUCCCUGAGUCCUCAGAACGACCCCAUCAGUUGUCAUCUUCCUCUGCCUGAGGGGACAUUGGAGCUCUGAGACAUGAUAUGAUCUAUCCCAGGUCACCCCACUGCAUUGCAAAUCGGGGUUCUCCGAGGCUCUUUGCUCUGCAUCACCCUGGUGCCCAGCAACAUCAGGUAACCUUUCCUGAGCCCCAACCAUGUGCCAGGUCUAUGCUGGGUACUGUCACAUACCUCUGCGGGUCCUCUGCUUAUCCCCCCAGCCCUAGCCUUCCCUGGACUCAGGGCUCCAAGGACUUGGCUCUGCCUGAUGGAAGAAGGCACUUGACUUCUCUGGGCUUCCUGAAUCUCACUUUUGACAGCAUGGAGGGAAAUCUGUAGGUACCCUGGUACUCAAUUGCAGACUGGGUGAUACUGGAGACCCAGGAAUGAGUCAGACAUGGGCUCCCCCAAGAGCCACCCAGUGUGGUCAGAGGAGCAUACACAAGUACAGAUGGCCUUGCUCUUUGA